CUUGACAACAUCUAAAAUCUUGUGCUAACUGUUGUGCUGAGAACUCGGGUCUAACAAGUGCCAGUGCGUCUCGGGUAACCUAAUCAACACGUACCAGAGGAAACAUUCAAGUUUGUUGUCGUCUGUCUUCUUACCUAGAUACCCUGGGCUCUGCCCAUGACUGCUCGGGACAAAUUUUCAGAACAAGUCACGUCAGUCACUAUUGACUGAAACCCACGCAUCGUGAUUCCUCAGAAUCGUGACCGACUUGGACUGUCUACGACCAAAGCCAGGUGGCUGGCUGGCUGCACCUACUUGCCGUACCGCAUAUAUUGGUCCGCCUGGCGCCUACACAAGCAAAGUGCCACACACUCCCUCUCUCCCUGUGCUAAAUCCCCACCUUUCCACUUCACAACAACAACAGCAACGACAAUGACAUUCUACGACGUCGCCAUCAUCGGCGGCGGGCCGGCAGGGCUCACGGCGGCAGCCACGCUGGCACGGCAGCUGCACACGGCGGUGGUGUUCGACUCGGGGCGGUACCGCAACUGGAUGUCGAGGGAGAUGCACAUGGUGCCGAGCCUGGAGGGCAAGGACCCGGCCGAGUUCCGGCGCGAGGCGAGGGAGGGGAUCGCGGCGCGGUACGGGGGGCUGGUCGAGUUCCAGGACGCCGCGGUGGCGCGGGUGCAGAAGAAGGGCGACGCGCACUUUGUCAUCACCACCAGCGGGGACGGCAGCGAGCCACAAGGGGGAGGAGGCACCAGCACCAGCACCGCCACCAGGACGUGGCGGGCGCGCAAGCUCCUCCUGGCCGUGGGGUCGGCGGACGUGCUCCCGCGGGUCGAGGGGUUCGCGGCGCUCUGGGGCACGCGCAUCUUCCACUGCCUGUUCUGCAAGGGCUACGAGGACCGGGGCGCGGCGUCGGCGGGGGUCCUGGCCGUCGCGCCCGUGGCGCUCCCCGCGGGCGUGAUGGUCAUGGUGGCGGUGCACGCGGCGGCCAACGCGGCGCAGCUGGCGGAGGGGGUGACGCUGUACGCCCACGGGGACAAGGCGCUGGCGUCCGGGCUCAAGGCGGCGGCGCGGAGGCAGGCCCGGUGGACGGUGGAGGCGCGGAGGAUCAGGCGGCUCGUGGGCGUGGGGGGAGGGGGAGGGGAGGGGGAGGAGGAGGAGGAGGUGAAGGGGGGGGAGGAAGUGAAGAGUGUCAGGGUGGAGUUUGAGGACGGGACCAGCAGGAUGGAGAACUUCCUGGUCAACCAGCCGCUGACGGUGCCCGGGGGCCCGUUUGUCGGGCAGCUGGGGCUCGCGACGAGCGCGCUGGGGGACAUCGUGGCCGAGGCGCCGUUCCACCAGACCAGCGUGCGAGGGGUGUUUGCGGCGGGGGACUGCAUGACGCCCAACAAGGUGGUGCCGACGGCCAUCGCCAGCGGGAGCAACGCGGCUGUUGGGGCGUCGACGCAGCUGCAGUCCGAGAAGUACGGCUUCAAGUCGGUGGUGUAGGCUGUGGGGUGUAACUACUUAAGUAUAUAUAUAUAGUCUGAUGUGGACAGUAUAUAUAUACACAUAUCUAUAUAAGUGUAUGUAUAUAUAUCUUGUGUCAGUGUCAUUUGUUGACGACAAGAAUAUGGGAACCUGAUGGAAUGUGUCAAGAGC